UCACAGUUGGAUUUGACUUGCAAGUGACUUCUGUCAUGAUGCUCCUUGUUGGCCAGUAUGCGUGCUGGCGAUACACUUUUUAUUCUCCACACUAUUCCUUCUACAAUAUAACACUAGGGCGAGAAGACACGGAAGAGGGGUAACUACUGCGACGCGUUCAAAGACUUUGGCAACCACAACACCUUCCGUUUUCAUCUCGUUACUGCGUACAUCUGGCACGUUGAAUUCCGACCUCGAAGACGCGUCCACGCGCCCCUCCUGCAGCCAAACCCAUUGGUAUUGACUUGCUUCCGUGAUGUCGAUCGUCACUACCGAUCCGCGACGGCGGGAAUUCUUUAUGAGUGUUGUUUCUAAACCAGGAGAGAAAGAACAAAGUUAUGAGGAGCUUCGUAUGCAAGAUUACAUCAAUGCAUAUAGAUCUACUGGUCGUCCCCCGAAACCUUGCCCGCAGACACCAUCCAACCCUGUUGAUCGCAAGGCCCUCGGGCUUCCCCCGUUGUUCCAACCUCACGGCGUCGAGUCGAUACCAAGUAUCAUUACCAGCGCACCCAGCAUAUCUUCUGUCACCAUUACACCGCCAGUACUCCCGUCAACAACGCCAACUCCACAACGUGUGGACCCCGCCGCUGUACCCGACAUCCAGGUCUUCCAGCCAAUUAUUCUCAAGGGGGAUUCGGGGGAGUCGUUUACAUGUCAGAGCAUUGUGAUCCAACAGUUGUAUUCUAGCUUUUCCUUUGAAGAACUAAGGUGUCUCGCGUACCGGAGAGGUAAGAAGACUGCACCCUUAGACGCCAUCAUUUCCCGGAACAUUUCAACGCCCCAACCCCAAUUGCGCAUUGCGACCCCUUCUCUAUCGGUGUCGCAGCCUACUCCGCUGAUGAUAGGCGGAAGUGAUCACCUGUUAUGUAUCUCGUGUACGCCUGCAUACGCGAAGCACUCACCUGAGGAACUACGACUGGCGUACGUGAGGACGGGCCGGGAGCUCACUUCGGACGAGAUAAUACAACGGAACGCGACUUUACGCAUGUUCUAAUAAACGGGAAUUGACCCAUAUACCAUUACUUCACAUCUCGUUCUCUGCACUUUCGUGAACACUUUGCUUUUGCUUCAUCAUUUGUAUCGUUAUUCCUUCUCCGCAUUGAAUAAGACUAUAUUUCAUUGGGAUCGGCAUAAAUGAGUGAUACAAUAAGAAUAUUAUUACAGUUCAGGGGAAAUUGACAACAGACGUAGACUGGCUACGUUUGGUGUGCUGGAACCUGGGACAACCAAGACCACGCCCGCGCGAUCUUCUCAGUCCUAUCCAACUCAUCACCAGAGACUUCACCCUUCCAAAUACUCAAGAAAUCCUCCUCUUCAUCCACAUAACGUAACACAGUCUCAACGCCUUUGCCAGAAGUGAAAGCUAGGUAACACCCAGCUGCACACAUGGCAUCUGUGGGUCGACCAGGGGGCGUAGUGAUCAGAACGCGUAUGGCCGAUUGGUCUGGCUGCGAG